GAGACGCUCCUGCUGAAUGUUCUUCCUGCAGCAGGUUUCUCGGUAACGGAGAGGAAAGGAAGAAGGACACCGAGCAUCUCUGUCGGUUAACGGAUCCGCUUCCCCGGUACAGUCACGUCACUCUCCCCCCGCUGUGAGAUCCUGUAUCUGGGAUUUUUUUUUUUAUCUUUGUAACGAAACCAACCGCCAGCCGUGCGCGUGCAUGCGUGUGUGCGCGUGCGUGCGUGUAACCCACUUGGAUUUAAACCUCACUGAGUGAUCGUGGAAUGACUCACUACUCCUCUACUACCGCGGCGGUGAACGCGCUCUCGCCCUGCGCGUCGUGGACCAGCAGCGGGGACUGAUGAGGAUGCGGCUGGGCGCGCGGCGGGCACCUGUGCUGCUCUCCUCACAUCACCACCACCGGUAGAUCCUGAGAUCCUGUCCGGUGCUGCGGCGUCCACAGGGGAAACACCAGUCCUUUUUUAUUUAUUUAUUUAUUAUUUAUAUAUUUAUUUAUCAUUAUUAUUGAUUUAAUACCCGGAUCCGCGCCACCAGCAGCCUGACAGAUGGAUAACUACUCGACUUUACAACUGCAGUGUCUGGAAAUGACCACUAAGCGGAAGCUGAUUGGCCGGCUGGUGCCGUGCCGUUGUUUCCGCGGUGAAGAGGAAGUGAUCUCAGUGUUGGACUACUCCCACUGCAGCCUGCAGCAGGUCCCCAAAGAAAUCUUUAGCUUUGAGAGGACUCUGGAGGAGCUCUAUCUGGACGCCAACCAGAUUGAGGAACUACCCAAGCAACUCUUCAACUGCCAGGCCUUGAAGAAGCUAAGCAUGCCUGAUAACGACCUGUCCAACCUGCCCACCACCAUAGCAAGCCUGGUCAACCUCAAAGAGCUGGACAUCAGUAAAAAUGGUAUCCAGGAGUUUCCGGACAAUAUAAAAUGCUGUAAAGGUCUGUCAGUGGUGGAGGCCAGUGUCAACCCUAUCACCAAACUCCCAGAUGGUUUUACGCAGCUCCUGAAUCUGACCCAGCUCUUCUUAAACGAUGCCUUCCUGGAGUGUCUGCCGUCUAACUUUGGCAGACUCUCCAAACUACGGAUCCUUGAGCUGAGAGAGAACCACCUGAAAAACAUGCCAAAGUCCAUCCACAGACUGACACAGUUGGAGAGGUUGGAUCUGGGUAGCAAUGAAUUUUCUGAAAUGCCAGAGGUUUUGGAACAAAUCCACAACUUGAAGGAGCUGUGGCUGGAUAACAACUCUCUUCAGUCUAUACCAGGGUCGUUAGGGAAGCUUCGUCAGUUGCGGUAUCUGGACUUGGCUAAGAAUCGCAUUGAGACGUUGGACACAGACGUCUCAGGCUGUGAGGCCUUAGAGGACCUGCUGCUGUCCUCCAACAUGCUUCAGCACCUCCCUGACUCUUUAGGGAUGUUGAAGAAGCUGACAACUCUGAAGGUGGACGACAAUCAGCUGACCUCACUGCCCAACACCAUUGGGAGUCCGAAGCCCAAGCAAGGUCUGUCUCUGUUGGAGGAGUUGGACUGUAGUUGUAAUGAAUUGGAGUCGUUGCCUCCCACCAUCGGGUACCUGCACAGCCUGAGGACCUUCGCUGCUGAUGAGAACUUCCUCACAGACCUGCCCCGGGAGAUCGGCAACUGCAAGAACGUGACAGUGAUGUCGCUGCGCUCCAACAAACUGGAGUUUCUUCCUGAUGAGAUCGGACAGAUGACCAAACUACGAGUCCUUAACCUCAGUGACAACAGGUUAAAGAAUCUACCAUUUACCUUCACUAAGCUGAAGGACCUGGCAGCUUUGUGGCUUUCUGACAAUCAGUCCAAGGCUCUGAUCCCUCUGCAGACAGAAGCCCACCCAGAAACCAAACAGAAGGUUCUGACCAACUACAUGUUUCCUCAGCAACCACGACAUGACGAGGAUUACCAGUCGGACAGUGACAGCUUUAAUCCUACUCUGUGGGAGGAGCAGAGACAGCAGAGGAUGACUGUGGCCUUUGACUUUGAGGACAAGAAAGAAGAGGAGGACAACUCUGGGAAGGUCAAGGUGGAGAUAAACCUGAAGCGCUACCCAACACCCUACCCCGAGGACCUGAAGAACAUGGUCAAGUCGGUGCAAAGCCUUGUGGGGAAAAGCGUACACGCCGGGCACCAGCACCACCACCAGCAUCAGCAACAGCACCAGCAUCAGCAUCAGCAUCAGCAUCAACAUCAACAUCAGCAUCAGCAUCCGCACCAGCACCAGCUGAGCACAGGCACUGCCACGUCAGCAGGAACCAACAUGGAACACUCGCACCUCAGCAAAGAACAGUAUGAGCCGCCAUGGCCGCUACCGCCUAAAGAGCUGAUGUGUGACUCUGCGUACAUUUGCCAGGUGACAGACAGAGAGAUGCAGGACUUCUCUCAGUCUCAGCUCAUGGAUCAGGGAUCAAUGCAUAACUCUGGCAUCGACAUUCCCAAGAGGAAAGAUAAAGAGGAUUUGACCGAGAGCUCAGAGGACUCGAUGGGCGGCUCCCCCAACGACAUCCGUAUCUCUGACAUGAGGCCCACCCUGGUGGAACCACCGAUGUACAAACCUAAAGUGGUUCUGCUGGGAAAAGACAAGAAAGAAUCUACAGAUGAGGAGAUGGAUAAGCUCCACUGUCUGAACCACAGUGGAUCCUCGGCCACCUACUCAGACUACUCCCCCUCACAAGGCUCCUCGGGCUCCUCCAACCCGCCUGCCAACACGCACUCGCACUCGCACACGCACUCACACACGCACUCUCACGCACACCCACACCCUCCUGCCCUGCCGACCCCCAGCAAGGACCAGGCCCCACAGACACACUGGACCAACAGACUGGCUCAGUCGUUCCCUAAGCCCAUUGACUCCAAGCCCCUGCUAUCUCAGAGAGAAACCCCUCCAUCAGGAACCCUGCAGCAGCGUGGCGAUCGACGCCCGCUCAGCGAGCCGUUUGACUGGUCCGAGGCUCCGCACUACGACAACACGGGUUUCGAUGCCGAGGAGUCUCCCCUGGACCCUCCGACAUCUACAAGUCAGGGGAACCCUCCGCUGGGCUCCAAGCCUCGCAGCCAGUCGACCCACGGACGCCGCCCACUCCUCAGGCAAGAGCGAAUCGUAGGAGUUCCUCUGGAGCUGGACACCCAGACACUCCCCUACCAUGGGAACCAACGCUCCACCCCUGACAACGACCCGCAGUCCAACGCACCGCCACAGAAUCCCUGGCAGAACUGGACCAGAACUCCCAGCCCACUGGAGGACAGAACUGCUUUUCCCUCUAAGCUGGACAUGACGCCCAGCUCCAGCCCCAACCCUGACCGCAAGGAUAUGGACCCAAGGCGUGAACAAGGAACAGGGCCGUUGCCGGGCAGCUGGACGUACCAUGACAAUCAGGGGGAUCAGAACAGGAAGGACCAGCUCACUGUCAGCGGGGGCAACAAGGUGACAGUGGUCAUGAGCAAAAGCUCUGACCGCCUUUCCCCCAUGAUGAAAGAGACGAGAUCCAGGUUUAAGAAGUCACAGAGCAUUGAUGAGAUUGACAUGGGCUCCUAUAAGGUCUACAGUAUCCCCAUGGACAGCUACAGCUCCAUCGAGCAGCAGACCAGUUUGGACCGGCAGGAUAUGCCAGGGUCUAUGGAGCAGACCAACAUGGCUCGAUCACAGUCCGCCCCCAUGUUAGACGAUGAGAUGGGCUUCCCAGGACACGGCAACCAGAACCAGUCAGGACAGAACCAAAAACCCGCCAUCCCACACAAAGCUUACCACUUUGACCAGAACUACAAUCCCCAGGUGACCAUGGACCGCCGGGUACCUCCACCCUUCCCCAACACACCCGAUUAUGUCAACCACGCGUCGAAGGCUUUGGAGUACAUCAAUCAGCCCGGGAAGACAUUACCGAAAGAGUUGGUGAGCCCUCGCUAUCGUGCAUAUCCUCCGCUGGAGAUGUUUUCUUUCCCCCAAGCGCCAAUCAACCAGGAUGGUCAGCAGCAGCAGCCAAUCCCGACGCAACGCUCCAGGCCCGGGUUUCUGAGGAGAGCAGAUUCACUGGUGAGCUCCACUGAACUCGCCUUGUUCCGCAGAGUCCAUGAGGCCCAGCAGGAGGCGCUGCAAGAGGCCCAGUACAGACAGCAGGCGGACCCGCCUCUUUAUGGCCGAGCCCUCGCCUACUCCACCGCCAUGGAGCACGCCGCUCUCACCAACAUGGCCGACAGCCAGAGCCAGAUGCUGCACAACAAGAGGAACGGUCGCUAUGACGACGACUACACCAACUACCAGGAACAGAAGAAGCCCAUGACCGGCUAUCCAACCAAGAGCCUGACUCAGAGACGCCCCCUGUCUGCCAGGAGCUACAGCACUGAGACCUAUGGAGCAUCUCAGGCCCGUCCAGUGUCAGCUCGUCCCACCAUGGCCGCCCUGCUGGAAAAGAUGCCUCCUGACUACACCCUGGCAACCUGCCCCGAGAAAUCACCCGACGACACCAUCAAAGUCAGACCUGUCGCAGCGCAGAAACCUGAAGAUAUCACGUCCAAGAUGCCUGCCGACUGGAGGCAACAGCUACUCAGGCACAUAGAGGCUAAACGACUGGACAGGAGUGGUGUCCUAAAGCACAACACGCUCACGCUGGGCAUGCUCUGUCAGGGCGGGGGUAACGGCCAGGGGCGCAGCGGCACUUUGAACUUUAACCUAUACAAUAACACUAAGCAUGAGCCCCCUGCUGGCCGCUGGCUGCCACUACCACCUGCUGCAUCUGCUAACGCUACUCCCUCUCAGCAGGCCGCCAUGCUGGAUAAUGACCAGGAGGGGGUGUCAGGGAGCAACCAGUGGGCUCCCUACUCACUUGGCAGGAGGGAUGUCCCACCUGACAACCUCAUGAAAAAGGGUGCCCACUCCCACAAUACUUCACACCAGUCACAUAAUACCAUGAUUGUCACGUCCUCUACGUCCUCCUCGGCUACCACGCCUCAUCGUGUGGUCGUGCAGCAGGCUUACGAUGGAAUGAUGAAUAAGGGAGGCCAAUAUCAACCAGGGAUGCCCCUGUCAGUGGUUCCCUCUGGGGGCCCUGGGCAGUACCAAGGCAACAUAUCUCAAGCCCACACUGCUCCUGGUCAGGUUUACUCCAGCACCGGCAUGUCCAUGGCCCUGUCCCAGUCCGGGAACCAGCCCCAGUACAACCCCCACUCGUCCCACACCUCUCAUCAACCGUCCCUCCCUGCCACUAACCCCCAGUACCACAGUAACCAGGGCAUGGUCCAUAGCAACCAGGUUGUCAUGACCACCCACACCAACCCACGGCCUCAGAGUGCCCGCAGCCUGUUGCAGACCAAAGGCCAGAAGAGCACGGACGGUUUCCAGGAACAGAUGUGCGUCAGAAUAGAGAAGAACCCCGGUCUGGGUUUCAGUAUCUCUGGUGGCAUCAGUGGCCAGGGGAACCCCUUCAAACCCUCCGACAUGGGUAUCUUUGUUACUAGGGUACAGCAUGACGGGCCCGCCGCUUGUGCCCUGCAGCCUGGAGACAAGAUAGUGCAGCAUGACAGUGUAGCUCCUCCUCCUCUUCUCUCUCUUUUCCCCAACAGUGAUGUGUUACUGAGAUAUUGAUGGCAGUGACCCUCCAUCCCCUCCACCAACACACUCUCACACACACACACACACACACACACACACGCACACACACACAUUUGUAUGGAAAUAUACUGCAGCACACAUAUGCAUACACAUAUCUCUCUAUACAUACAUGCACGUACACACACACACAUGCUUUUGACUGUGCUGCGUGUUUGCCUUGCAGGCUAACGGACAUAGUUUUUUACACAUGGAGCAUGAGACAGCCGUCUCUCUGCUGAAGAGUUUCCCGCGGAUGGUGGACUUGGUGGUUCUGAGAGACAGCAGCAUGCGCUAAAAAAAAAAAAAAAAGUAGUUUUAUAAAAAACAAACAAA